AUGACCCUCCCCACCGCACCGCAAACCAACUCCACCAUCACCCUCACACCAAAACCACCCCCUCACCACCACCACACACCCCCUCGACCGAAAAGCUGCGCAGCCCAAACCGCCAAAAUGGUCGACAUCGUCCCACUAAGCAGCUACCCCUCGUACAUCGACCUCCUCCCCUCAAUCCAAACCUGCAACAUAACGAACCUCCCCGAGAACUACUUCCUAAAAUACUACCUGUACCACGCCCUGACCUGGCCGCAGCUAAGCUUCGUCGCGGUCGUGCGUCCACGCGCAGGAUACAAGCCCAGCUCCACGGGCGCCGGAAUCGCAGGUGAUGUCUCGGGCGAGUAUCCCAAGGUCGUUGGAUACGUGCUUGCGAAGAUGGAGGAGGAGCCUACGGAUGGGAACCAGCAUGGUCAUAUUACCAGUCUGAGUGUUAUGCGCACGCAUAGACGGUUGGGGAUUGCGGAGAGAUUGAUGCGGAUGAGUCAACGCGCAAUGGCCGAAUCCCACCGCGCGCAUUUCGUCUCGCUGCACGUGCGCAUGUCGAACAUUGCUGCGCUGCGAUUGUACCGUGAUACGCUCGGCUUUGAGGUUGAGAAGGUUGAGGAUGGGUACUACGCUGACGGCGAGGAUGCGUAUGCUAUGCGCUUGAAUCUUCAGAGCAUGUGGCUUGAUUGGAAGGCUAUUGAGAAGCGGGAUGCGGAGAAUAAUAAGGAGGAGAAGAAUGGGGAUGAGGAAGGGAAUGAGGAUGAGGGAGAGGAGGUUGGGGAGCUUGGGAAGAAGGAUGCGGACAAGAUGAUUCGGGUUAAGGUUGGGAGGGGACUUGGGGUUGGUGAUUUGGUUGAGAAGAAUGAGUCCAAGGCUUAG